UUAAAUUCCGCGUUGGUGGGUGUUCAAAUCAUGGCCAGCGAGGACACAAGCUUUAUUCCCGAUCUUCCCAGCGGUGGGCCAUUGGCCGCUUACAGAAAGAGGGCCAAUUUUGACUGGAAGCGAUUGCGACUGAUAUUCGAAAAGGAGCAGGGAUUGCGAAUUAAGUACAAAGUGUGGCGUCGCCUGGAGAAUGACCCCCUUUUUGCCCACCCCUCCCGGACCCUGCCCAUGGACGAGCAGAAGCGCCUGUGCGCCAUGCAGGUGAAUCGGAUGAAGCACCUGGACCUGGUGCCCAAGGAGAUCGAGAGCCUGAGCUUCUCGGCCAAAACGAAGUAUCUGAUGUACAUCAACGAGGCGUUGGCCUGCUACUCGCCCAGUUUAUCGGUGAAGAUAGCGCUGGGCGUGGGCCUAUUCAACAAUGCCAUCCGUGCCAUGGGCACGGAGAAGCACCAGAAAUAUAUAGAGGCAGCCUGGAAUCGGGAGGUGAUCACCUGCCUGGCCAUCACAGAGCUGUCGCAUGGCAGCAACACGAAGAGCAUCCGCACAACGGCCACCUAUGAUCCGAGCACCCAGGAGUUUGUGAUCAAUACCCCAGACUUUGAGGCGGCCAAGUGCUGGGUGGGCAAUCUGGGGAAAAUGGCCACGGUGGCCAUGACAUUUGCCAAUCUCUACACAGCUGAUGGCCAAAAUCAUGGGCUGCACGGCUUCCUGAUUCCCAUUCGCGAUCCCAAGACGCUGCUCUCAUAUCCGGGUGUUCUGGUCGGCGAUAUUGGGGAGAAGUGUGGCCUGAAUGGCAUUGACAACGGAUUUGUGGUGUUCACCAACUACCGCAUUCCCCGGGACAACCUCCUCAACCGCACCAGUGACGUGACUCCUGAGGGGGCUUACGAAAGUGUGUUCACCGAACCGGGAAAGGUCCUUGGGGCGGCCCUCGAGAGCUUCUCCGCCGGGCGCAUUGGCAUCAUGCAGGAGUCGGCCAAUACCUUGUGCAGUGCCGCAGUAAUCGCGGUUCGGUACUCCGCAGUGAGGAAGCAAUUUGGCCCGGAGCGUCAGGGCGAGGAAAUGGCCAUUCUGGAGUACCAGCUGCAUCAAUACCGCAUCUUUCCCUAUCUGGCGGCUGCCUGCGUCCAAAAAAUCGCCACUGAGGAGCUGACCACCACUUACAUGGAGAUCAUAGCACGUUCCCAGGCGGAUUCCAAUGGAUUUGACGUUUUGACCCAGAAUGCUGCGGAGAUCCAUGCCCUGAUCUCGUCGUCGAAGCCGUUGAUCACCUGGGCAGCACGGGAUGCAAUCCAGGAAGCGCGAGAAGCCUGCGGAGGACACGGCUACCUGGCAGCAGCUAAGCUGGGCCAGAUGCGCACCGACCACGACCCCCUGUGCACCUAUGAGGGCGAUAACAAUGUCCUGGGACAACAGGCUUCCAACUGGUUGCUGCGCCAGUGGGGCGCCAAGCAACUGGAGACACCCAUUGGCAGUGUGAAAUUCCUGGAGCGCCGCAAGGAGUUACUGGCUCUCAACUAUGCGUCCUUGGUGCAGAGAACUCCCGUAACCAGCUGGCAGUUCUCCCUAAGGUGCUACGAGUGGCUGCUGUGCCACCUGAUGGCCAAAACCACGGCUCACAUCGAGGGCCAACUGGCGGCGGGAAGCAGCAAGUUCGAGGCGAGAAACAACUCCCAGGUGGCCGGAGCACGGGAACUGUCCCUGGCCUACGCGGAGUACUAUGCUCUGACGCGCUAUGUGGACCACGUUAGCACGCUGACAGUGGAGGCGUCCUAUGCAGCCGUACUCCGCCUGCUGUUCGACGUGUAUGCCAUGUGGCUGCUGGAGAAGCACAUGACCACCUUCUAUGUGGGUGGCUUUGCGGCUGGGCGGGAUUUCUCGGCUGCAGUGCGUCAGCUGCUGCUGGACAGCUGCCUGAAGCUGAAGGACGUGGCUGUGAGCGUAGCGGAUGCCAUUUCGCCACCCGAUUUCGCACUGAAUUCGGUCAUCGCCCGCGCGGAUGGACUCCUCUACGAGAACUUGCAGAACGAAUUUAUGACCAAUGAGGGGGCGUUCCAGCGACCCUCCUGGUGGCGUGACGUAAUCAUUCCGCAGGCCCAGUCCAAGCUGUGAGGAUUACCACCUAGUUCUCCACCUAGUAACCAAGUGCCUGACUUCGAGUUAGAUCGGAACUGGUGUUGCCCCUUGAUAAUCAGGUACAAUGGCCAACUACAUUCGCAUUGCUCCUAGUGAAACGUUUUUUUUGUAUUCAUAUGCCAACUAUAACACACAUUCGAGUACUUUAAGAUGAGAUCUGUUACUAUGUUACGGUUAAACGCGUUGAGAUAAAAGUAUUUAUGUAUAUAAACGAGUUAAAUAAAUGAGAAUCAUUUUGCG